AUGGUGCAUCCUCACGGCGGACAGCCGCGCGCGGGCGGCGGCGAGGCCGCGAUAGGCGGCUCCUCCGCGGUCAAGGUCGUCGUCCGCGUCCGCCCGCUGAACCAAAACGAGUUGGCACGCGGGGAGCAAAACUCCGUGGAGGUGACCGAAGAUCAGCGCGCGCUCAGGGUGCAUUACCCGGACUCGAACGGCCACUUUCAAAUGCGCGAGUUCGCGUUCAACGCGUGCUUGGCCACGGACGCGACCCAAGCGGACGUGAUGACCAAGUGCGGCGUCCCGAGGCUCCUCGACAGCGCGUUGAAGGGGUACAGCAGCACGAUCUUCGCGUACGGGCAAACCGGCUCCGGGAAGACGUUCUCGAUGUCCGGCAGAGAGGAAGUCAUCAGCGAGAGGGAGUACCGCGGCGCGUCGCCGGACACGGACGGGAUCAUCUCGCGAUCGCUCGCGCACAUAUACCAGACGAUAAACCGGAUCCCGGGCGUGACGCACGUCGUGAAGUGCGACUACCUCGAGAUUUACAACGAACAAAUCUACGACCUCCUCGCGGGGAACGACGUGCAGCUGCACGAGCGAUGGGAGCCGCAGCGGGGCUUUCACGUCCCGGGACUCCAGACGAUCGAGUGUGAGCGUCUGGACGACGCGCGGGAGAUCAUCAGGCAAGGGAUGCUGAACCGCGCGGUCGGGUCGCACGAGCUCAACAAAGACUCGUCGCGGUCGCACUCGAUUUUCACCGUGCACAUCGAGUCGAUCGCGGAAGUCGGCGGGCAGGAACUGGUGAAGCACGGGAAGAUCGCGUUCGUGGAUCUCGCCGGUUCCGAGCGCCUGAAAGACAGCAAGUCCGAGGGCGGGAUGGUGAAAGAGACCGCGAACAUCAACCGGUCGCUGUUCAUGCUCGGGAAAGUGAUCGCGACGCUCGCGGAGGGCAAAGCCGGGACCACGCACGUGCCGUACCGAGACUCGAAACUCACGAAACUACUGAUGGACUCGCUCGGCGGGAGCAGCCUCGCGCUCAUGGUCGCGUGCUGCUCGCCGUCGCCGCUUCACGUGGAGGAGACGAUGAGCACGCUGCACUACGCGACGCGCGCGAGGAACAUCAUAAACCGACCCACCGUCGCGCAGGACCCGCAACAGCAGUUGAUCAGCCGACUCAAGGACGAGUGCGAGACGCUUCGCAAGGAGAAC